GUUCUUACCUUUGCUUGUGACUGGGGUUGUACCCUUAUAAUUUUACCUUUUAAAGUACAGAAAUGGACUCUGAGGAACAUCCAAAGGCAUAAUCAGCAUUAAUGUACCAUCAAUGGCGGAUUAUACACUAGACCAUAUUUUUCCAUAAUGUACUCAUUCUUAUCUUUUGAGCCAGUGCUACAAGAAGAAAAAAAUAGCUGGCGGUAAAGCAACCCGUUCUCCUGUUUUAAUACACCCGACACAGGCGGGGGCGCACGUGCAUUUUGAUCUGAGUCGUUUUCGCCGAAUUGAAGUGGAUUUUUUCUUUUGUUACCCGGAAACAAAACAGUGAACGUCUCUGCACCCAUUCAAUAAUGCAUCCGCUCGAUACGGUAUCAAUUUAUCCCUGCUUAUUAUUACAGUUAUAAUGUCAGUUAUGCGCUUUCAGUGCAGCCUGUAUUUCAUCACUUAUAAGCGAAUGUAGAUCAUAAUAAUGGACAACAGGCAGCGGGAUCUUCCGUCUUGGAUGCUGGGCGGCAAAAACGAACAGCCCCAGCAAGAAAAUCCCAUCAAGACCAGUCAUGUCCCAAGGAAGAAUAAGAGAAAGAAGUUGGAAAGGACAGCUGUGUACGGCAUGAAUGAGGCUGAGCUCGUGGACACGGCGCUCAGCUUCCUCAAAGAAGAAAACCUCCAGGGUUUCAGGGCUCAGGAGCCUACAGGGCAGAAGAGAAGCAGAAGGACAGCUGGGAGUCGCAUGGAGAGGAAUAAGCAGGACCGUGCAGGUGCUUUGUCCGAGGAGGAGGCUGGUGACUCCAAAUCUGAAGAAGACGAAAGAACCCACGUCUCUGAGAGUGACCCGGAAGUGGUCGCCGAGGAGGAGACUGUCCCAUAUGGAGCCAUCGCGAACUGGGGCCAAGCAGCAGGGGAAGGUGUCCAGCUGCGGUCCACGCGUGACACUGUAAAGGCGGACUCGGCUUCCGGGGAUGAGGAGGCCCUCCAGCUCGUGAGAGACAUAUUCUUCACAUGACCUGGCAUGGGAUUUCAGCUCAGUGUACAAUUAAGGGGAACCUUACAUCCUGGGAUUGAAUGUUUUGUGAAUGUGGGAAGCAUAGUGCAUCCUGGGAUAGUCUCCAGGCUCUCUGUGACCUUGUGUUGGAUAAGAUGUUCACACAAGGUGGAUGGAUAUUUACUGUAUGCAGGUACAUGACAGAAGGGAUGGACCUUCUCUCUGAGCUGAUGGGUAAGAACAGUACCAAAUUCAUUCUGAUAGGCGGGUGGACUUGGUCCAUUGAAGAAAUGUAAUUAGUAAGAGAAACACUUUAAGGAUCCUUUCACAUAUUGUGGAAGAAAAAAAUUGGAAGUUAGGUGGGGUUGGGUGCAUUAUCGGAUUGUUGCUCUGUCUUAGGCCGUAGGCAAGAAGAUACUGGUGAAUGAUGGGAUUGUUGUUCCAUCUGAGGCAAGAAGAUACUGGUGCAUUAUGGGAUUGUUGUUACAUCUUAGGCAAGAAGAUACUGGUGCAUUGUGGGAAUGUUUUUCUGUCUUAGGCCAUAGGCCUGGGGAUACCGUUUCUUCUUAUGGACUUGUGGAAGGAAGCAUGCCGGAUGGAACACUCUAAAACAUGCUGAAGUUAGAGGGCACUGUCAUAGCAAGAGUCUGGAGGCUGAUCAAUCCCUGUCUGUUUUGCUUUCUGUGUCAGUAUGGCUUGUCUCUGCUGUGUUUACAAGCAAAGUAUGGAUUAAUAUAAUCCUGCACUACUCCCUGAAAACAUUUAAGUUAGGUUUAAAUAAUGUUUUUUAUAUAUCAUAUGUUUACUAUUAGAUUACCUAAUAAAAAAUCUACUUACAGACAUCAGUUUUAAUGUCUGUCUUUAUAGUUGUCUAGCAAAAGGACUUUAAUCAGCACAAUGUUUCCUUUUUAUAUUCACUAUGUGAUUUUUUUUGUGAACUUAUUUUUAAAUUAAUUUUUGCAAGAAAUAGAGAUCAGUUUGUAGAAAAUGACUCCUGAUGGUGGACUGUUAGGAUCGCUGUUUCAACACAGACCUGCUUUUAAAAGUUGCAGCGCAUAAUAUGCGACAGUCUUAUUGUUUUGUGCAGUUUUUCAAAGCUUAUAAUUUGUACUAUAUGAUGUGAGAGGGGGGGCGGCAUGGUGGUGCAGUGGUUAGCACUGUCGCCUCACACCUCUGGGACCCGGGUUCGAGUCUCCGCCUGGGUCACAUGUGUGCGGAGUUUGCAUGUUCUCCCCGUGUCGUCGUGGGGUUUCCUCCGGGUACUCAGGUUUCCCCCCACAGUCCAAAAACAUGCUGAGGCUAAUUGGAGUUGCUGAAUUGCCCAUAGGUGUGCAUGUGUGAGUGAAUGGUGUGUGAGUGUGCCCUGCGAUGGGCUGGCCCCCCAUCCUGGGUUGUUCCCUGCCUCGUGCCCAUUGAUUCCGGGAUAGGCUCCGGACCCCCCGCGACCCAAUAGGAUAAGCAGUUUGGAAAAUGGAUGAAUGGAUGAUGUGAGAGGAAUAAUGGUCAAAAAAUUAUGUCAGAGUUCUUUUGCAGGUGAUAAAUAGAAAAGUUCAAUGAGAUUAAGGGUGUUUUUUUCUGUGAGAAAUGCAUUAUGGGGAUUUUUGUACAGGAUUAAUUUCCACUGUCACCAGCAGGGGGCGCACGGUGGAUUCAGAAAGAUCAGUUUGAUGGAGGAGCUGAACUAAAUUGCCUCUGUGAAUUGCAGGACUGGAUAUCAAGAUUGGCACAAUUCUCCAGAGCAAAUAAUUGAAUUUUGUUUUAUUCUGUGUACACUGAUGGAUAAAUAACUCAGCUUUGUCUAUGUUCCACUAGUGUCCCUUAGAGACUGACUUUUAUGGCCUGAUCCAGAGAUUAUUGCACUGGGUGCAAGGCAGGGGACACCCUGGAUGGCACUAAACACCCCAAAUCUACAAAACAUACAAUCCCUUAACUUUAAAAAGUGCUGACGAGGGCCGAAGCAAGCAUGGACACGGAGGAACCUUCCGGUGUCUUCAGUGACAUUAAGGUUUACCAACUUUAAAUUGCUGUGAUGGAACCUGAACCAGGUUUUGUUCAGGUCUUCAGUUUCCAUGACUUUUAUAUGCCUUGACCUUUGGCUGACUGAUGAUGGUUCGAAUUUCAUGCACAUUGACAAGUGCCCUGUGACUGUAAAAGGUUAUUGUGUCCAAAAUAGAGUGAGGAAACAGAAAUUAAGUGUUCAGUGACAGCAGGUGGUUUGUGGAGGAUGUGGGUAGAUGACUGAAAUCCCAGGAGAGCAACCUGUCUUAUCACCGUCUGAUGGUGUUGCACCCAUAAACAGCUUAAUUUUUGGACUUUUACGUGUUUAAUUCUGAGUGCCAUCCUGUCCCAAAUCAGGUUGUUCAGUGUUUGAUGAAGGUUUGUCUUUUCUUAGUCACUGGGGGGAUACAGCACAGAGCAGGACGCAGUAAUUUAAUUGAGGGUGCUCUGCAAUUGUGUCUUUCUUCUUUUGGGAGGGUGGCAGUCACGACACUCAUUAGUGUGACAUGCUUAAAUGCAGAGGUUCCUAAAGGACCAGCCAAGCUGUUUAAUGACAAUACAAAUGGUCUCCUGGGACUCCUCCCAGGGCCCAUGGGAGCAUAUUCACACACGCAGCUAUUUUCCAUAGAUAAAAAUCUGGUCCGUUUCCUAUUGUUGUUCAGUUUCCUCUUUUAUGAACAUGAACUUCAGGGUCUGGCUCAAACUAUUAUCAUAUUGUUGUUAUUAUUGGCAGGUUAAGAAUUUUUGUUGACUAUGGCUGCUGUGUCAUUUACUAGUUUUUAUGCACGAAACUGGAUAAAUGCAGGGGUGUGUAUAUGAAUUGCAAAUUAAAGUAACAGGUGGAGUGAGAAUGUUUGAAUCAUAACACAGCAUUAAAAGCCAUUUCUAGAGUAUAGAGUCUACUGAUGUAAAUGAGGAGGAUGCUUGCAUUGGUCCAAAGUGGACUGUGCUGCCCUGUGGGCAAACCUGGACUGUCCAUUCAGGUGGGGUAUAACACAUCUGUCUGCCUCUCACUGUGCAUUUCUACAGGAGACGGAAUCUUCCAGUCAUUGAACUAAGCUACACUUCAUUCUGCAUUGCCAAAUCAAUGUAAAACAAGCAAUGUGUAUUAUGAGCGUUUAAUCCAAUAAUUACAGACAAAUGGAGAUGUCAAAGAGGGGUUACUGACUUGCAUCAACCACUAAAGGCGUGCUGUGAAAAAACAUGAUCACUUCUUCGCAGAAAUGUGUCGUCGUGUUUAGAGCCUUUGAGUUAGGAUCGACGUGGGCGACCCGCUGGUGCUUUCGCCGCUGUUUCAUUAGAAAACCCUCCUGUCAACGGUUUUGGCCACUUGCUCCUGCUCUGACACGGUUGCCAGAAGACGUGGAAUAUUCUCUGUGGCAAAUCACUAAAAUAGAGUUAAAGCACAUGGCUUCCUUUUCCUGCCAAACUAACAAUGUUUUCUCCACCAGAAGGCUGCUCUGGUUUAGUAGUUGGUGUGUUUUGUGUAGAAUAAAGCAAAGGGCAGGAUUUAAUGAUGCCGGCAUCAUAUUCUCUAUGGAAACCCCCCCCCCCCCCCCCAUACACUUUCACGGAGUUCUGGGCUGAGUGAUCCCACGGUGCAACAGAGAAUACAAGCGCAUGGCCAGAGGCGUGAGCUCACAGUGUAGGAGACUUUGGAGGAACAUGCACACAGGUCGGCCCUAAUUCAGGCCUGGCCAAGGACUUCACGAAGAUUUGGAAGUAAUUAGUAAGAAUGUGCCUUAAAAACUCAGCAUACAAAGUUCAUCUACCAAUCUCUACCUCAAGUAUUCAAACAAAAUACACCCAGUAUUCACUUGAGAUUUAAAAACAUAAAUAUGCAAUUAUUGAUUCUUCCAUGAGAACUUUGCAGUAUUAUUAAUUCAAAACUUUAGUCAAUAAAAAUAAUUGUGAUGUAAUUAUUAUGAGAAAUUUCAUAUGUAACCUUUUAAAAAUAAUUUCAGACUGUUUUUUUAGUCUGGCCUCGCACCUCAUCUUCUGAAUAUUGAUAAAUAAUGUAACUGUGCUUUGGCUACCUUUAGUCCUGUUAAAACAGCGCCCCCUGUAGACCAUCUAGAAAUGUUAUCAGAGGCUGGCAUGUCAGUGCAGGACAUCCUCAGUGUAAUGGUGGCCAAUAAUGCUCACUGCUCUUCCUUUCUCCUUAGCCAGUAACGACCCGGUUGAACAAAUGAUGAAAUGAACCCCCAUCGUGUGACAUUUUACACUGCAGAAUCUUCUCGUCCACUUCCUCCUGCCGCAAAUAUCUCAUCUGACUUACAAAGUUGGUCCUCCCUGUGCAGAUGAAAAAGGAGAAAAAGGAGGACUUCAACAUCCCUGGUGCACCUAAGAGGGGAAUAUGGUGUAAAGGAGACAGAAGACAGAAGCUGGGGUCCUGCAGCAUCGUGAGACGACGAUGCCCCACAUCUCUGUAUUCAAGAUCUUCGGCUUUCU